AUGGAGAAAAAAGAAACCAAAUUCAGAGUCCUUAUGUUUCCAUGGUUAGCUCAUGGACACAUAUUUCCCUUUCUUCAACUAGCCAAAAGACUCUCAAGAAGAAACUUCUCCGUAUACCUCUGCUCCACUGCUGUCAAUCUUGAUUCCAUUAGAGCUAACACCGAAAGAGAUGUAUCAGACGAUCCCUCUAUAGAACUAGUUGAACUCCAUAUUCCACCGUCAUCAGAACUCCCUCCUGAGUUGCACACAACCAAGAAUUUGCCUUCCAAUCUUCUGCCAGCCCUUCUACAGGCCUUUCAAACGUCAAGUUUCAGCUUCUCAGAUAUCAUGAAUUCUGUCAACCCUGAUCUGCUGAUAUAUGAUUUCUUCCAGCCAUGGGCUCCAAAGCUUGCUUCAUCCAAAGUUAUACCUUCCGUUUUUUUCUCAUGUGCUGGUGUAGCACCGUAUGCCUUUUACCAUCAUUUAUAUACAGAGGGGGCUAGUUCCAUUUUCCCAUAUCAGGCAAUAUACCUCCUGGAUCAUGAGAGCACAAAUGUGCUUGCUCGUAUUGAGCCAAAUAUAAAAGAUGCUGAGAAAGAUUUUGCAUUUGGGAGCUUCAAACUCUCUACCGACAUUAUAUUGAUGAAAAGCUCUAGAAGUGUCGAAGGGAAGUAUAUUGAUUAUCUGUCAAAUAGGUGCAAGAAACAGAUAGUGCCCACCGGUCCACUUAUUGCAGAUGCUAGUCACUAUGAUGAUGAGAAGCUCUCAGAGAUCAUGAGGUGGCUGAGUGAGAAACAAGAGUAUUCAACUAUAUAUAUUUCCUUUGGAAGUGAGUAUUUCUUGUCCAAGGAUCAGAUAGAAGUAAUCGCAAAAGGGUUAGCACUUUGUAACGUUAACUUUUUAUGGGUUGUAAGGUUUCCUACUGGAGAAAAGAGUACUAGCAUAGAAGAAGCAUUGCCUGCAUGGUUUCUCGAAACGGUGAAAGACAGAGGGAUAAUAGUUCCUGAAUGGGCACCACAGACAAAGAUUUUAGCCCAUUGGAGUACUGGUGGUUUUGUAAGCCAUUGUGGCUGGAGUUCCAUCAUGGAAAGCAUGUAUUUUGGUGUUCCUGUUAUAGCCAUGCCGAUGAAAUCUGAUCAGCCAAUAAAUGCUAGACUUGUGGUGGAGACUGGUGCUGGAAUAGAGGUUGAAAGGGAUGGAAAUGGACACUAUUUGGCGGAAGGAUUGGCGAGAGCGAUAAAUAAAGUGAUUGUAGAGAAGCCAUUUUGUGAAGGCCUGAGGGAUAGAGCUGAAAGAUUGAGUGAGUUGAUGAAAGAGAGCGAAGAACAAGAGAUGAAUGAAGUAGAAGAGCAGCUACUGAGGAUUUGUAUGGACAAUGAGAAACAACUGUGA